AUGUUGACUACGAAUUUCAAAGAUUCAUUUUCUCUGUUAGGCAUAAUUUUUAUUUUAUCGCAAUAUUUUCUCAGUGGUCAUUCAUUUAAACCUGAACCACGAGGAGGUCAUAUGGCUACAUUGGUUAAUGAUAGAAUUUAUUUCUUUGGUGGUUCACGUCCUAUACCUAUGACCUCACCUGCAUGGAAUCAAACUCAUCAAUUUAAUCUAUCGGAUGAAGUGUUCUAUUUGGAUCUUUCUUCUUCAUUUUCUGUUGAUUUACCCCCAUUCACAGAUCUUUCUGCUACUUCGCGAAUGCCAUUUGGCUCUGAAAGGGGAACAACGGUAUUAGGAAUCAGUGGUGUACGUAUAUUUCUUGUUGGUGGGGUGCAGCAAAAUAUGGAAACAUUUAGUUAUAACACAACAAAUUCUAGUCUUUGGAUAUAUAAUAUAAAUUCACAAAACUGGGACACUAGUGGGCCAGGGACUUAUGGACCACCACUUCCCAGGCGCAGAUCCACUGCAACAGUUAUUGAUAAAAAUGGUGUAAUUUUUAUAUUUGGUGGAAGGGUGGGACCGGAUACCGGUUCAGACGUAUUUAUAGUACUUGAUGAUUUAUUUACACUUGACACUACAUUAUUUAAAUGGUCAAAUAUUUCACUUCCUAAUCAUCCAUCACCACGAAACCUUUGCACUGCAACUUUAAUGCCCGAUGGAAAAAUUAUUUACAUAGGUGGAGUUACUCAAUCUUCCCCUGGUCAAUCUCCAACUCGUAUAAGUAUGAAUGAGAUACAUAUUUUUGAUACUAUUGCUUCAGCAUGGUCGCAGAAAUCAGCUUUAGGAGAUGUUGAUCCUCGUGUUGGACACACUGCUCUUCUAGCACCAGAUAAUCACACUAUUAUCAUAUUAGGAGGAACACAAGGCUAUGUACUUAAGCAGAUGACAUCAUAUCCGGCUUUUGUAUUGCUAGAU